AUGUCCGAUAUCCAAACGCUCGACAACGCUGUCGUCCACAACCUACUGCUUAAUCUACCCAAAGAAGAAACAAUAUAUUUCCUGAAUGUAAUCGAACAAGCACUAAAAACCUUCUCCACCAGCGACGAGCGCCAGUAUCAGCCCAAACCCAGCAUCAUCAACCGCGCAAACGGCCUCCAUGCGCUUUUCAGACCCUUCACUUCGGAAUCCUCCAUAGGGACCAAGAUUAUUGUCCAACCCGCACCUGGAGAUGACGGCAAGAGUAGUCCCCUGCGCGGUGUCAUAUUGCUCUGUGAUAGAAAAGGCAUCCCGACUGGACUCCUUCCCGCGGAGGAAAUAACAGGCUACCGCACCGCAAUGGGUGCAAUGAUCCCCUUCUCCUGGAGAAACCAUGUCGAGAACAUUGUGGUUUUCGGAGCUGGAAUGCAAGCGCUCUGGCAUACUCGACUUAUCCUUGCCCUCCGUGGAUCUGAAGUGAAACGCAUCACGUUUGUAAACCGGUCCAGGGAUCGUGCGGACGGACUUGUUGCUACGAUAUCGCAAGAGAACGAGACUCGAUGGAGGUCUGGAUGUGUGUUUUGUUUUGUCGAUGCCACCAACAGAUUGAACCUACAGGGUUGUAUAAAGGACGCAGAUUGUGUCUUCUGUACCACCCCGUCUAGAGAGCCUCUCUUCCCUGCAGAGUAUUUGUCUUUGGAUAUGCAUGGGAAAGGGCGUCGUCCGUUUAUCUCGGCUGUUGGAUCAAGGGACCCUGAUAUGAUUGAGCUGGAUCCUGACCUGUUACGCCGUGCCAUCGCUGGCAAUGGUGGUGGUUAUGAUCUUGUCACUGGGGAUGAAAGAGGCGUUGUCCUUACAGAUGAUCGCGAAUUCGCCAUUCAACACUGCGGCGAGUUUGUUCAGACAAAGAUCACAGAGAAUAUCGUCGAGUUGGGAGAGAUUGUCGACCUGAAGGUUGGGCCACAUACUGAUCAUGCAAGGAAGCGACAUACCGAGAGAGCCAACGAGUUUCUUUCUGAGGGCUUCGUUAUGUAUAAAAGCAUUGGAGUAGGUCUGACGGACCUUGCUGCUGGCGAGGCGAUUUUGGCUUUAUUCAGGAGGCAGAAAAGAAGCCUCUAG